CGUUAGGAAAAUGCACCUGUCUGCAGCAGGGAUCGAGGAUGGCAGUCUGGGAAGUGAGCUGUCUAGCGAAGUUGCUCCCAGCUCAGUCUUUCACACUUCAGUGAUGAUAGCUGGGAUUUGACAAGAUGGUUGUGUUUUCUCUAACCCUAAUUAGGCAUGGUGAAACUUUGGCAAAUCGUGAAAACAUUAUUCAAGGUCAGUCCGACGUCCCUCUCUCAGACGUCGGGAUUCAACAGGCAAAACUUGUAGGUGUCCGUCUUCAAAAUGAACGCUUAACUCAUGUGUUCGCCAGCGACCUUUUACGUGCAGCUCAGACAGCUCAGGCUAUUGUUGAGGCCAACAAAGUCUAUGUCAACGCCAUCAUCAAGGACAAACGACUCCGAGAACGGAAAUUUGGAGUCGUAGAGGGCAAAACAUUCAAGGAAUUGGCAGCUGAAGCAAAGAGAAACAACAGCUCUAUACCCAACUUUACUCCUUAUGGUGCUGAAAGCAUAGAACAGGUUCGUGUCCGCGCCAAGUCUUUCUUCCACGACCUUUUAUCGUUAUUGAAGAACAAUGCCCAUGAAGAUGGCAACUACAUCCCUGCAUCCAUAAAGAGGCGAGCAGACCAUGGCUUCAGUCACAGCUCAGACCCUGUGCACUGCUUUCCAGCAGUCAGUAGACACAACUCUCAGACAAAUAAUUUAAAUCUAGACGUGGGGGACAAAAUACUGACUGUGUCGAAACGUCCACGCCAUGAUGAACAGGACCUGGUAAAUGGCUUACACCAGGAGUUUUUCCCACUGGAUCUGGCUCAAUCAGAUAAGAUCCUAUCCCAGACAGACAAGGUGUUUGACGAGAGCCAACACCUAGACAUGCCCCAGACUGCCAUAGCCAGAUCCAAUUCAAGCAGUUCCUCUGGGUGCUCCAGUCUCCCGGAGAGUGCUGAGUCUCAGGAACAGGCCUCGGAACUAUCCACUCCCACGGAGGAAGAACAAAAAGACUUUGAUCCCCAUGAUGUUCAGUCAUCGAGUCCUGUUGCUCUCGACACUGAAAUCAAAUCGAAUAUCCGAUCCUCAAGAUCUGAUGCUUUUGGCUGCCCGAAUGUGUCACUGUCACCUCUCUUAGAACACAGGCUUUCCAGCAUCUCAAGCAUCAGUUCAGGGAGGAAUAACAGCUUUGAUGACGCUGACGGAAUUCCGCCCAGUAUAGCAGAUGUGAUAGUAGUCAGUCAUGGGGGUUUUCUCAAAGAACUUAUUCGUCAUUUUGUCGAAGACCUUAAGUGCAAAAUGCCUGGCGGGAAAGGAUAUGCCUUGCGUGUUGGUCCGAAUGCAAGUGUAUCGAAAUUCACAAUAACUAUUGAUGACAUUACGGACAAUCCUAUCAUUACAUGUUUGUUAAUUCACGACAAAGAGCAUCUGCUCCCUUUAGAUAUUUCUCAAGGCCCAGGAACGUUUUAGACAACAUAAGUCGAAGGGCAUAUUUUAAGCAAAAAUUCAUGUUUGUAUAGUAUGCAAACGUUUAUUUUUUUUUUUCUUUUCUAAAAUACAAACAAAAAAUAAUCUUUGUAAUCAAACAUGAUAAUCUUUGAUAUAUAAGUAUCUUGAUGAAAUGCUUACUCGUGGAAAUGUAUCACAUCAAUGUUCUGCUUUGUUCUGGUUUAAAUCAGAUAUUUCAUACAAAAGCGGCAAUUUGAUUUCAUCAAAUUAUCUUGCUUCUGUAUGUUGAUCAGACCAGUAGGGAACCUAUUUAAUUUUUUUGUAUAUUUGCUAAUUGAAGGACUCCAUUUUGAAAGGAAAAAAUGAAGAAAAACUGUGUCCUUGCAUACACUUGUCUUGUACUAUCAUGAGAUCAAGAUCUGGUUUUCUUGAAUUGUACAUUUAUGUUGGGUUUUUAAUUAAACAUGGAAAACACUG